GUGGGCCAAAACGCGAAUGAACAUCGACCGUGGAAGUUGACUGCUGAAGUACAAAGCGCUAGGCUGAAGUAUACGAAAUUCAUGUGAGACUAGCAGGCAGCGGCCUCACUAGCCACAGGCGAAAAACCCAAAAAAAAAAAAAAAGGAGAAAAGCAGCAGGAGCUGGAGCACACCGCACCCACACAUACAACGCCAGGACCCGCAUCAUCAUCCUUCCUGCCCCCCAGCUCUGCUUGGCUGGAGUCUCGCUUCGUUAAACGCUGCUCAAAACCCAUCAUCUAACUAAUAAAGCGGGCGAUAAACAAGCACAUUAAAUACCAAAGGCAGCGAGCCCGAACUAUUACGGAUAUAGUCCGAUUGGAAAUAUUGGCAAAAUUGUCUGAUUAGGAGAAACAAACACAAACAAAAUGCCGCCAAAUGCGAAAUCGGAAGCGGACGCCAAGCCGGAAGCGGAACCAGCGCCAGCGUCCGCUUCAGAGCCGGCAGCUGGACUGGAAUCCGUGGACCAGAAGCUGGAAGCAGAAACACAUCAUUCCAAGUUCCGUGAGGUGGACAGGCAGGAACAGCUGGAGCAGGCCGAAAAGGCGGCGGAAGCGGCCAGUCAAAGAAUCGCACAGGUGGAAUCAACAACAAGGAGUUCAACCACAGAGGCUCAGGAAUCCACAACCACCUCAUUGCCGGUGAUCAAGAAGAUCGAACAUGCCGGCGAAGUUGUCACCGAGGCCAUUGCCGAACGCACCGGCCUGCCCACAUGGGGCGUGGUGGCCAUCAUUAUCCUCGUGUUCCUCGUCGUCUUUGGUAUCAUCUUCUUCUGUGUCCGGAGAUUCCUGAAGAAGCGAAGAACCAAAGAUGGUAAGGGUAAGAAGGGUGUCGACAUGAAGUCGGUACAGUUGUUGGGAUCGGCGUACAAAGAGAAAGUUCAGCCUGAUAUGGAGGAACUCACCGAGAAUGCCGAGGAGGGUGACGAGGAGGACAAGCAGAGCGAACAGAAGCUGGGCCGUCUCAACUUCAAGCUGGAAUACGAUUUCAACUCCAACAGUUUGGCCGUGACGGUGAUUCAGGCUGAGGAACUGCCAGCUCUGGAUAUGGGCGGUACUUCAGAUCCCUAUGUCAAGGUAUACUUGCUGCCCGACAAGAAGAAGAAGUUCGAGACCAAAGUGCACAGAAAGACCCUGAGUCCUGUCUUCAACGAAACGUUCACCUUUAAGAGUUUACCCUAUGCCGAUGCCAUGAACAAGACGCUCGUGUUUGCCAUCUUUGACUUUGAUCGCUUCUCGAAGCACGACCAGAUCGGCGAGGUGAAGGUGCCGCUGUGCACCAUCGACCUGGCGCAGACCAUCGAGGAGUGGCGCGACCUGGUCAGCGUUGAAGGGGAGGGCGGACAGGAAAAGCUGGGAGAUAUCUGCUUCUCACUGCGAUAUGUGCCGACUGCCGGAAAGCUAACCGUUGUCAUCCUGGAGGCCAAGAACCUGAAGAAGAUGGACGUGGGCGGAUUGUCUGAUCCAUAUGUGAAAAUUGCAAUCAUGCAAAAUGGCAAACGUUUGAAAAAGAAGAAGACAAGUAUCAAAAAAUGCACCCUCAACCCUUACUAUAAUGAGUCGUUCUCAUUUGAAGUACCAUUUGAACAAAUACAAAAAAUCUGUCUCGUUGUGACCGUCGUGGACUACGAUCGUAUUGGCACCUCCGAACCCAUCGGCCGCUGCAUACUCGGCUGCAUGGGCACCGGCACCGAGUUGCGUCACUGGUCCGACAUGCUGGCCUCGCCCCGCCGGCCUAUAGCCCAGUGGCACACCCUCAAGGAUCCGGAGGAGACCGACGAGAUCUUGAAGAACAUGAAGUAAGGCGCUACCAUGGAUAACAAAAGCAGACUUACAGCACAUCUAUCAAACAUAUAAAAGUAACCAAAGAAAAACUUAAGCAAACCGUCAAAACAUUGAAAUCGAUGCAUCAUCAACGUCAGCUACAACUGAUCCUCCUCACCCGGAACGACAGCAACAAUCAGCGAUAUAUCGUAGUUAAAGCAAAUUGUUCAUCUAUGCAGUUAUCUCAACAUAAACACAUACUGGAAGACACAAAUCAAAGCCGAUUAAGUAAUACCUUAGGUGUCUAAGUUAUAUAUCUCAUUGGUUGAACAACAGCAAAACGAAAUGGAAAGAAACUAUGAUGAUCAUACCCAAAGUAAUUCGAAUGAUUUUCCCUAUAAUCUCCACUCACAUGAAAUCAUUUUUAAAAUCUAUGAAAUCGUUGUUGUCAUUGAUUCAGAAAUUUCCAAGCUAAAUGAAAAUUACGAGUAUGUUAAAUUAUUACAGAAAACUCUAUAUAUACUCAAUGUAUGAAACAAGGAAAACUAUUUAAACGAGGGAGAGUGUAUGAUUUUUAAAAGUGUUAAGUUUAUUUCAGUUUUAAAAAGUAGUCCAAUAAUGAGAGGAAUCUUUCCGGUUUUUAAUUUGUUUUUCAACUGUUGAAGGAUUACUAGUGGAUAAUAUUACUGACUAAUGAAAAUAUAAAAGAGCAAAGAACGUAAAGGGCAACUUAAACUGUUAUGUAAAUUAUUUAUUAUGUUAAAAUUAUUGAGAGCAUUACGUACUUAACUGUGUAAGUAAAAAUCUAUGUGUGUUUGAAAUGAAAUGAACAUGGCAGAGGACAUAUUCGCAGGAGGAAAUGGAACCGAAUCGUAAAAUAUAUAUAUAUAUAUAUUAUAUAUAAAUAUUAUGUAUAACCCUUGCAUAGACUAAUGUUAUGUAUACACAGAGCUGAGUUUUGACGACCUAACAAAAUCAGACGUAUAAGUAGAAAACCAAAAACCAAAUAAAAACCGAAACCCAAAAGCAAAUAAUGAAAGUUAAACUUUGAAGCGUGAUUUCAACGGAAUAUAUCAUCAGUUUAAACUUUACAAAGAAAAAAGUAAUAUCGAACAUUUUGCACUACGGAUCAGAUUGGAAUUUUAAACCUUAGUUAGAUUUCGUUUGCAAUUAGGAAAAAAUAGAGCUCAGUGUUAGUUUCUUUAUAGAUUUCUUUGUCUAAAAAAUACAAAUAAUAAUUUUAAAAUUAUGCAGAUAUAGUUUAUAUUUCAUUUAGUACAAUUUAACUCAAGUAUUAAGGUUUCUCCAACUAUCCAACGAAUUGUUUUUGCUUUCCCUUUCAAAUUAAACACAUUCUUUGAUUUUGAGAUCAUAUUAGGACCUAAUGAAAAUAUACAUACUAACUAAAUGAUUAUGGCAAAUGUUAAAACAGAAAAAGAAAUAUUAAGAACAAUAAUAGUUAUUACUAUUUAUAUUAUAUUCAAGUAUAUGACAUCUAAACAAUAUACAUUUAUAUAUACUUAACAAAUUUGUGCUCCUGCUGCACAAGCCUACUAAGAAAUUGGGAUUUUUAAUAUGGAAGACAAAGCGGCGGCGAUAACAAGAACUUCUACCUACCUAAAAAAAACAAAAACAAAUUAGCUAACUAAGCUAAACAAAAAACCAAAAUUAAAAACAACUCUCGCGAAAGCAUUCCAAUAAAAAGACGCGACAUUGAGGAGGUUUAAGUAUGAUGAGCCAUGAUUUUCUGAUUUUUUCCAUAUUGAAAGUAAAUGAAAUUCAACUAAUACAUUAGAUGUUUUUGUCCUGUAAAUGGUAUAUUAUAAUGAUAAUGAUAAUGCGUAGUUAGGGAUCUGUGUAUCCCCUGUACACACACUUACACAGUUGUAGUUAUGUUCACCGACGCAAGAGAAAUGAUAAAAAAUGCAUGAGAAAAAAUACAAAAACACACAAAGAAUGCAAAAAACUUACAAAAUGAGAACAGAAAAAAAACAAAACAAAAAAUAUUUAUGUAAUAUAAUUCAUCUAAAUUUAACAAAUCGAUGUGACGUAAGCCCGAUGAAAGGAAAAGGAGACCGGAAAAACCAAGCUAUACAACUUAUUACGAGUAUUGUUCAAUAACAAAAAAAAUAAAGUACUUUGCUUUUCCAAAUAAUUACUGUAAAUUAUCUCAAACCCAAAAACAGCAACAAAACGAAAACAAAAGCAAAAAUAAAAUAUAAAAUAAUAAUAAUGACACAAGCGUACACGAUAUGUAUUAAACAAAUGGUAAAUUACAACAAACAAAAAUCGAAACCUAUCCACAACAACAGCAACAAAAGAGACAAGAUGCCGACGAAGACAACAAACUAUAUAUACUUGCAUAUUAAACAAAUUAUAUGAAAUUAUAUAAAAUGAUGUUGAUUAUUGAUUUAAAUUAAAACUGAGAAAGUGAAUAAAACAAAUUAUAUAUACACCUAUAUAUAUAUAUAUAAAUAUUAAACAAAACAAAAGCAAAACUUUCAUUUGUGUUUUCCUUCAGUUGGUACAUACUAUAUACAUAUUUAUUUACACAGCGUUACUACACUGAGCAAAAAGCCCAAAAGAUAACCAACCACAAAACCUUGUGCGACUGUGUAAGUGUUAGCCCAAAAAAAUCGACAUGUACAUACACAAGCACAACCACCCCACACACACACAGACACCCACGAACUGACCAAAAAACGAAAAAAAAAAUAAAUAAAUAAAUAAAGUCAAAAACAUGAAUGUAUUAUAAAGUAUACAUGUUAGUUAAUACAAUAUCUGUAUAUGUAAUGAUUUCCGUUUUAUCAAUAUUAUUUCAUAACGUUCUCAAAGCAAGCAGAAUGCAGCGCAUAGCCCAUCACGAAAGCACAAAUCAAUACUUAGAAAACGGA